CUAUCCCUCCCUCCCACUGGCCGUUACUGGGUUUUUUUUCUCCUAAAAAAACCGCUCUAUGAAAAAGAAAAAGAAAAAUCGCGGUCUCUUCCCAUUCUCUAUUUCUCCAUUAGCCCGCUAGAUCCGAACCAGAAGAGCUCCGCUCCACUCCAGCAGAGUCAAAUUGAGAGAGAAGAAGGAAGAAGAACGAUGUUGCUGGGCGGAAUCGAGGACGAAGAGAAAUGGCUGGCGGAAGGAAUCGCCAGCGUUCAGCAGAACGCCUUGUUCAUGCAUCGCGCGCUGGACGCUAAUAAUCUCAGAGAUGCUCUCAAGUACUCAGCUCAGAUGCUUUCCGAGCUCCGAACGUCAAAGCUCUCGCCUCACAAGUACUACGAGCUCUAUAUGCGAGCGUUUGAUGAGUUGAGGAAGCUGGAGAUGUUCUUCAAGGAUGAGAGCAGGCAUGGAGUUUCAGUCGUCGAUUUGUAUGAGCUUGUACACCAUGCAGGCAACAUAUUGCCUAGGCUGUACCUACUCUGUACGGUUGGAUCAGUGUAUAUGAAAACAAAAGAAGCUCCGCCCAAAGAUGUGCUUAAGGAUCUCGUGGAAAUGUGUAGAGGUGUUCAGCAUCCUGUUCGUGGAUUGUUUCUCAGAAGUUACCUCGUUCAAGUCAGUAGGGAUAAGUUGCCUGAUAUUGGUGCUGAUUAUGAAAGAGAUAGAGAAGGCAGCACUGUCAUGGAUGCUAUAGAAUUUGUGCUGCAGAAUUUCGUGGAGAUGAAUAAACUUUGGGUCCGGUUGCACCAUCAGUUGAGGACUUCAAUUGGGCUUUCUGGUCUGCAGGGACCUGGUCAGGAUAGAGACAAGCGGGGAAAGGAAAGAAGCGAGCUCCGUGAUCUUGUGGGGAAGAAUCUUCAUAUUCUUAGUCAACUAGAUGGUGUGGACCUUGAAGUGUACAGAGAGAAUGUUCUUCCCAGAGUCUUAGAGCAGGUUGUCAAUUGUAAGGAUGAACUGGCACAGUAUUACUUGAUGGAUUGCAUAAUUCAGGUCUUCCCAGAUGAGUACCAUUUGCAGAGCCUGGAGACACUAUUGGCAGCUUGCCCGCACCUUCAGCCAACUGUAGACGUCAAGACUGUUCUCUCUCAGUUGAUGGACAGAUUGUCUAAUUAUGCAGCCACCUGUCCAGAUGUUCUACCAGAGUUCUUGCAAGUAGAAGCUUUUGCUAAAUUGAGCAGUGCUAUUAGCAAGGUUAUAGAAGCACAAGUUGACAUGCCUGUUGUUGGAGCCAUUACUUUGUAUGUGUCUCUACUUACAUUUACUCUCCGCGUUCAUCCAGAUCGUUUGGACUAUGUUGAUCAAAUACUGGGUGCAUGUGUGAAGAAGCUUGCUGAGAAGCCUCGACUUGAAGACAAGAGAGCAACCAAACAAAUCGUUGUACUCCUGAGUGCUCCUCUGGAGAAAUUCAAUGAUAUUGUCACUGCUUUAACACUUUCAAAUUAUCCUCGUGUUAUGGACCACUUGGAUAAUGAAACAAAUAAAGUCAUGGCUAUGGUUAUAAUUCAAUCCAUCAUGAAGAACAGUAGCUGCAUUUCCACUGCUGAUAAGGUUGAGGUCUUGUUCGAAUUAAUAAAAGGGCUCAUAAAGGAUUUAGACGGAACAACUGCAGAUGAGCUUGACGAGGAAGAUUUCAAGGAAGAGCAAAAUUCUGUCGCUCGCCUUAUAAACAUGUUAUAUAAUGACGACCCUGAAGAACUGUUGCAGAUUAUUUACACAGUGAGAAAGCACAUCAUGAAUGGUGGGCCAACACGACUACCUUUUACAGUUCCCCCGCUUGUAUUUUCCGCACUAACGCUUAUUAGAUGCUUGCAAGCUCAUGAUGGAGAUGUAGUGGGAGAGGAAGUGCCUGCAACACCAAAGGCUAUUUUCCAGCUCUUGAAUCAGGUAACUCUUUUGACUCGUGAUUUAUCAGAUGCUACUAUUGAAGCUCUUUCAGUUGUUCCAUCACCCGAGCUGGCAUUAAAGUUGUUCUUGCAAUGUGCUGAGGCAGCUAACGACUGUGAGCUUGAGCCAAUUGCUUAUGAAUUUUUCACCCAGGCUUAUGUGUUGUAUGAAGAGGAAAUUGCGGAUUCGAAGGCUCAGGUGACUGCUAUACAUCUAAUCGUUGGAACCCUCCAGAGGAUGCAAGUAUUCGGAAUUGAGAACAGGGAUACAUUAACACACAAGGCCACCGGAGCAAGAAUCCUUAACUCUUUCCUUCUCAUUUUUGCCUGCUCUCACCUCUUUUGGGUCGAUGACCAGGAUGGAGACAAGGAUGGAGAGAGAGUCCUGCUAUGCCUGAAGCGAGCCUUGAGGAUCGCAAAUGCAGCCCAACAAAUGGCCAAUGCUGCCAGGGGGAGCAGUGGCCCAGUUACGCUCUUCGUCGAAAUACUAAACAAGUACCUCUACUUUUUUGAGAAGGGCAAUCCGCAGAUCACAAGCAAUAUGAUCCAGGAUCUGGUUGAACUAAUAACCGAAGAGAUGCAAAGUGACUCUGUUACUGCCGAUCCAGCUUCCGAUGCUUUCUUUGCCAGCACACUCCGAUACAUCCGGUUCCACAAACAGAAAGGUGGUAGUAUAGGUGAGAAAUUCGAACCAAUUACUGUCUGAUUUCUCACAUAACAAAAGGGUAUCAGUUUGGUUUCAUUUUCCGAAAGCCGGUUAUAGAAAUGUGUGGUCGAUUUGAAAGAGGAGGGAGAGAGGAAAUGAGUUGGGGUUAAAAUUUGAUGUUUGGCUGAAAUCAGUGUGUUUAUUGUUUCUUUGGCAAUGCGAAUUUUUAAGCAUGGAAGAAAAAUGAGGGAGGGAGGGUAGUUGAAUGAGUCUUUGAUUUUGUUUUGUUAAUUGUCCUUGCUUGUUGGAUUAGGUUUAGUUGAAACGUAGUUGGACUUGGACAUAGGAAGGUAAGUAAUCCCGCGGAAUUGUAAGCACGAAGUGGAUAAAUGGGAUAGGUUUACUUUUCAUUUCCAUUAGUAUGUCUAAUUUGUAUCUAGACAUAUUUCUGUUUUUGUUUUUAAUCGCUACUAUAUUUGUCACUUUAAGCUGGGGUAUUUGUUACUUUAGUAACAAAAGAUGAAUGCGUGUCCAGAAGUGAAUUACUCUAGUAGCAACCGGUCAUGGCAGAUAGGGUCGCUUUACUUUCACUCAUAAUUCUGACUGGUAUCAAGUGAAAGAAGGGGGAAAAAUGAGUGACGAUGUGUUUCAUUUGGCGUCAAACAAGAUUACGAAUGUCUCUGGAAUGCAUCGUCUGAAUGUACUCAAUUUGGCGUCAACCAAG